AGAGAGAAGACGAGUGCAAAAGGAAAACAUACCGAGAGAGAGAGAGAGAGACGUGUGGCUAGGGUUUGAUGCGGGAAAUAAAUCAAGGGAUGAAGGAAUUGCGUUAGCUGCCAAAGAUGGGUGUGGAGAAUCAGACUUAAAGCCAGAGUCCAGGUCGAAGCGUCGCCGCCGCGGAUCAGAUCUGAUGCUGGAGGUGUUAGGAGAGAAGGUAUGCUUUCCUAAUGCAUCCAAGAGUCGACAUCAACAAAUCAAUUUUUUUUUCCGGUUCUCCCGCUUCACUGAUCUUAACCUCCCUAGCGCACACGCCCUAAGAAAGGAAGAUAAGAUCAGCUCAUAUUUUGACACCGAACUCCCCGUUUAUUCCCAAUCAAGGAUAUAUGUGCCCAAUGUUGAGGUAGGCAAACAGCUGGAUGUUUUCGAUUUGCUAGGGGAUAAACUCUUGAGUUUCAAACAAAGUGUUCCCAGCUUUCGGCCCACCAAAUUCAGAAGGUGUGUGGAUUCGUGUGAUCCGAAUAUCGGUGCACAUAGGGGUUUGAAGGGUGCUCUUGAUGUUCGAAGGAUUCAACCCCACAAACUCAGUAGUAUUGGCAUGGAGAGCACCCUAAACCUGAAGGGUAAAUACAUCAUGAUUUGUUGUGUGUUUGCGCCUUUGGUGUGGUGGUCAAGCAGUGGGGACAUGGCUCAUUGCAUAGCUUUAGCUUCUCAUGAGCUUGCUAAAAGAGAUGAUUUCGUGCUAGUGGUGGUGCCAAUGAUGAGGAUGGGUUUCACUGAAUCUCGCUCUGCCUAUCGACACUUCUUGUCGGGCUUUUCCUGCCAUGCUGUCCCUUUCCAUGACUCUCUUCGGCGCGAGUACAUUUGCUCAGCGCUCGGUUUCGAUGGUUUUACCAAAGCUGUGAUUCUAGAUCCAUCUCAGAAGGUCCUUUUCCAUGACACACCCUCCAUGUUCUUUCAGUUUGGAGGAGAUGAGCAUGAUUUCUUUCCCUUUACUCCAGAGAGAGAGGAGAUUUGUUUGGCCCGUGAUGAUGAUCUCGAUGGUCUCUCCCUCAAUGAGCUUUUGGGCCUUGGGGACUCUGAUGUUCUGUGCAAUAUGUUGAAGGAUGCUCGUACUACAGUUUCAGAACUUAAACAGAAGCUUGUGGGGCUUUACAUGUGCUCCGAUUGUAGAAGUUUAAGGACGAUUCAGGAGGUCCGCGAGGAAUGUAGGCGGCAAAAGUAUGAGCUUGAGGUUGUGGUGGUUUGCUGCCCCCCUGAUCGGGCGCCCCCAAGGUUGCAGCAGGAGUUGGUCAUGGAUGCUCUUGCAAGUCAUAAGAUGCUAGAUGUGUGGUUUUUCCCCUUCAACAACACCGUAUCCCAAAGGCUAAAUCGAAUGCGUGAAAUUGACAGUUUUGAGGAAGGUCUGUUCAUAGUGGACUCUAAAGAACAGUAUGUUGAUACCUAUGGAUUAGCAAUCAUCCAUGACUUUGGCAUUGGCUGUUAUCCUUACACCAGGAGGACUUUGGUUGAGAAGGAGUUUCAAAGGUUAAGGGGACUGAGAUUGAGCUCGUUACUACUUCCUUGGGAACAUGUUUGUCGCAAGCCUGAUGAUUCCACCAGCUCAGUCGAUGAGAUUCCUGUGGCACAAGCGCUUAACAACAACAAGAUUGUUCUUCUUUAUCUAUACACAGAGCGCUAUAAAUCUCUAGCUAAAAAAUUGGCUGAGUUUACGUGGCUUGAAAAGAGUACUAGGAGAAAGCCUUCAAACGUUGAGGUGGUUGCUGUAAGCAUAGAUGGUAGCGGCGCUAGUCAUAAAGACUUCAUGGAGAAGGGGUUGUUGGUAUGCAGUGCAGACCCAACCAAGUCAGCUAAACUUUGUGCUGAUUUCUUCCACCCAGCUCUCGGGCCACACGAGACUCUUGCUGCUUUUGAUGAAGAUGGCAGGAUUACAUCCAUGAAGGCUUCUCAAUUCUUGGAAAAAUCACUAGGUUCUCGUCAUCCUUCAUUCCAUGGCGAUCUGCGUGAAGAGAUUCGUGAAGAAUUUAAUGAGGCUACGUAUCUUUACAUGCUCCACUGCUAACACUUCAUGAAGAUUUACAUGAUCCUUGCAUGUUUUAUUGUACUACGGAGUAUAAUUUAGAUUAUGAAACUUUAGUUAAUUAGAUCGUCUAAUAGUUUAAUUUAAUUACUGAGAUGUUUUUUUGAGUUGAAAUUGUUGAGUUGAAUUAAUAUAACACUCUUUCAAUG